AUAGUUUUGUGUUUGACAUCAAGACCAGCGAGCGCACCUUUUAUCUGGUGGCCGAGACCGAGGAGGACAUGAAUAAGUGGGUCCAGAGCAUCUGCCAGAUCUGUGGCUUCAAUCAGGCUGAGGAGAGCACAGUCUAGACUUGGAGAUGGAAGCCCGGGCCAGAAGUCUGGAAACGUCCAUUUUCUUCUUGCUGUAUUACUGCCCUUCCUAAUGACCCAAGACACAUCAUUACAACAGCCUUGUGGCCACAUACCAAAAACAGCCCAGCCACACAUCGCGCCGCAGCUGUGUCCGUCUCCGGCGCCCUGCUUCUCCAUCCCCGAGCAUAAACCUUCCCCCCUGCCAUUAGAGAGUUCAUCUUGCACAUCUAAUGGAGUCAUGAAGCCAUUGAUUCUGCUAACAAACAUCCAGUUCACUGGAAGACCUGUAAUGGGAAUUCAUUUUGGAGACUCCCUGAGAAACCUCUCCUCCGCCAGUCAUGGCCCCCGCUCUUCUCCAGCUGAGCUCAGCAGCUCCAGUCAGCACCUUCUCCGAGAGCGGAAGUCCUCGGCCCCAUCGCACUCCAGCCAGCCCACCCUGUUCACCUUUGAGCCCCCGGUGUCAAACCACAUGCAGCCUGCCUUGUCCACCAGUGCGCCUCAGGAAUAUCUCUACUUGCAUCAGUGCAUCAGCCGGAGAGCGGAAAACGCCAGGAGUGCCAGCUUCUCUCAGGGCACGAGGGCCUCGUUUCUCAUGAGGAGCGACACAGCCGUACAGAAGCUUGCCCAGGGCAACGGACACUGUGUCAACGGCGUCAGUGGUCAAGUCCAUGGCUUCUAUAGCCUCCCCAAGCCAAGCCGGCACAAUACGGAAUUCAGAGACAGUACCUACGACCUGCCCCGGAGCCUGGCCUCCCACGGCCACACCAAGGGUAGCCUCACAGGCUCUGAGACCGAUAACGAGGACGUAUACACCUUCAAGACGCCCAGCAACACCCUGUGUCGGGAGUUUGGGGACCUCCUAGUGGACAAUAUGGACGUUCCAGCCACCCCGCUCUCAGCCUACCAGAUCCCUAGGACGUUCACGCUGGACAAGAACCAUAAUGCCAUGGCAGUGGCCACUCCUGGGGACUCGGCCAUCGCUCCCCCGCCCCGGCCUCCCAAGCCAAGUCAGGCAGAAACACCUCGAUGGGGCAGCCCUCAACAGAGACCUCCAAUCAAUGAGAGCAGCAGAUCCAUCUCUGCCGCGGCCACCAUCCCCAGGCGCAACACCCUCCCAGCCAUGGACAACAGCCGACUGCACCGAGCUUCUUCCUGUGAGUCCUACGAGUACCCGCAGCGCGGUGGAGACAGUGCAGGCCGGUCUGCCGAGUCCGUGAGUGAUGCGGUCACUUCUUUCCUGCCAGGGAAAACCAUUGUGGGCCGGUCAGAGAGCACCAAUUCCGAGGACAACUAUGUGCCCAUGAAUCCAGGGUCCUCCACCCUGCUGGCCACGGAGCGAGCAGGCGAUAACUCCCAGAGUGUCUACAUCCCCAUGAGCCCAGGACCCCACCACUUUGAGGGGCUUAGCUACCCCUCAACAGCCCUUUCUAUGCACCGGGGCCCCAGCCGAGGGAGUGAGAUCCAGCCACCGCCUGUCAACCGCAACCUCAAACCUGACCGGAAAGUAAAGCCAACACCACUGGACCUGAGAAACAACACUGUCAUCGAUGAGCUCCCCUUCAAGUCACCUGUCACCAAGUCUUGGUCUAGGGCCAUCCACACCUUCAACUGCAGCUCGUCCCAGUACUGCCGCCCCAUCUCCACCCAGAGCAUCACCAGCACGGACUCCGGAGACAGCGAAGAGAACUAUGUCCCUAUGCAAAAUCCAGUGUCUGCAUCUCCCAUUCCCAGUGGCACCAACAGUCCCGCCCCAAAGAAGAGCACGGGCAGCGUUGAUUACCUGGCCCUGGACUUCCAGCCAGGCUCCCCCAGUCCCCACCGCAAGCCAUCCACGUCAUCCGUCACUUCCGAUGAGAAGGUGGACUACGUUCAGGUGGACAAGGAGAAAACCCAGGCCCUGCAGAACACCAUGCAGGAGUGGACAGAUGUGCGGCAGUCCUCGGAGCCUUCCAAGGGCGCUAAGCUGUGACGCAGGGGCCACCGUGCCUGGGGAGGUGCCCGGGGGCAGCAUCUCCCGAGCUGGCUCCUCCCGCCUAUCCCCCACUCACACACCUUCUCCUCUCCCGGUGCCCCCUCCUGCCACUCUGGCCUUUGAAGCACUUGAUGUCAGGGACCCUGAACCCUUCUCCUGAGAGGCGAGGGCCUGAUCGAGGCACUUCCUCUGCCCACUCGGGGCCCACCUUUGAUUUUUAUCAGUAAUGGCCAUGCCUCUCCCCACCUUAGUUAGAGCUAUUGCCAAAAAGCAUCCUUCAGCCUCUUCCUGUCCUUUAGACCCGAAUACCUACUAGGCUUGGGGAGGGGCUGGGGCUGAGCCCUCAAGCCCUCCUCCCUCCAGCUACUGGGCUACCUCUCCUUCAGUCCCAGAAGAUGCCAUGUCGUCUCGCUGACCCAGGGAGCCCAGGACCAGCAGACCAAAGUGGACAUGGACUUUCCUCCUUGUCUGUCUUGGUAGGGGAGAGGCAAGGCCCCUGAAAGAUGAGUUGAGAAGGAAGGUUGGCAGUGGUCUCGAGGGACACAGAAGGCAGCAGCCCCGCCACCGUGUAGCUGUUGUGGGUUGGGAGAGGCAGGAGGCAGCGGCAAGGGAGGGAAAACAGAGGAGGAUGGGCAACCACAAACCAGGAGCAGGGGGUGACUAGGGCCCCAGGAGCAUUCAGGCCCUCCUCCAUGGGUGCACCCCGCCAGAGGCGGCUGGGACAGUGCUGGGUGCUGCAGGGUGCAGGUGGAGGCUGGUGCCGAGGGAAGGCGGUGCCGGGUGGGGAGGGCGUGUGGGGUGGACGGGAGGUGCUGCAGGCCCUGAGGGGCCGUCGGCUGUAGUGGGGAGGGUACAUCAAGUGUGUCUCUGCAAGACAGGUGGUGGGGGUGGGCAGGUCACUGAUGGGCUGAGAGGCAGGAGGCAGGCAGGCAGUGCAGCCAGUGGGGGGAUGUGGGGCGGAAGUGAGGCGGGGAAGCAGUGCAGGUGAGGGGGGAGCCAAGAGGACUUGGGGGAGGCCUGGGGCUUCUGCCGGGGCCCAGGCCGGUAGGAGUGUGGUCCCGGGAGCCCCUGGUGUUUUCCCAGCUCAUCUUCCAGCUGCGCUCCCUGGUGGUCCCGAGCCACACUGGGCGCAGGAGAGGCCUGGCUCUGCUCCCGUGGGUGAAGGCCGGCACAUCAGCUGUGCCCCCCACCACCAGGCACUUUGUCCUCGGCUGGGGAGGAGAGAGACCAAUCUGCGGGUUGCAGAGCUUCCUCCCACCCUGGCUCAUGGAGGUGACUCCAGCUCACCUUUGGGUUCCCACGAGCACACACCUGGCCAUGGUCACAGAAGCCCCACUCCGGUCGGGAGGAUUUUCUCCACAGUAGCCCCUCUCCUAGCAGUUCAGCUCAACUCAGCGAGCACUGAUUAAUGGCUGCCUUGGCUAGGUUCUGGGAACGUGGGGAUUAAGCAGUUUGGCCAUGCACUUGAGGCACGGGACAUUGGUAAGAGCCAAGAGAGAGACUGGAAGCAAGGCUGCUUCUGCAGGAGAUGGUGCAGAUCCAGAGAAGGUGGGGUCUGGGAAAGCGAGUGCGAGAGGGGCUUGUGAGGCAGGAAGACAGAGCAGUUUUCUAGGGAAGGAGGGCAAAGCUGGGGUCCUGGGGCUGAUGGCAGUGGCUGCCACCGUGUGCCCUUAAGGCCCUCUCUGCAAGGGUUUCCUAGGGGAGCGCUGAGUGGCGCUGCCCCCAGCCGUGAGCACUUUCUGAGCGUACCACGAGGUGAAUGAAACUGGUCAGAGUCUUUAGAAACUGAGUGUUCAGAUCUAAUGUUCAAGGAGGCCUCCUUCUGGCUCCUGGUUCCUGCAGCUCCAAUCCCUCAGGUGGAGGGGCAGACAGGAGUGUAAGGGGACACGGGCUCACGGGCUUCAAAGGACCCGGUCUCUAGUACACACCUGUCAGUUUGGUUUACCUCCCUGGUGGCCUGGCAAGGGCAGACCCAGACUCAUGGCACCGGGCCAGCAGGAACAAGCAGCAGGGAGGGAGUGGGGGGGGGGCUUCCAGGGAGAUGGGCGAAGCAAGGUCCCACGGAGCCACCACCGUGAAAGGUGGUUAGACUAGACGGCGGCUGAGCUGUGCCGAGGGAGCGCUCCCGCUACGGAGGCCCUGGCUUCCCAGGGUGGAGCGUACCUAGAGCAGGAGUCCGUGACCGCCCCCCCCGCCCCGAGAUGGACUUUGGAGACUUCUACAUUUGAAACCCUUCAAAUAUGCCCCAUUCCUAGGAGAGAAGCACAACCCUUCCCCUUCUGAAGUGAGCGGAGCGAGGGCCUGCCCCAAGCCCUGGCUGACCCACCCUCCCCGCACCCUUCCGACAAGAGCUCCGGAUGCAGUUCGCACUCCUCCAUCUGCAACCCGUGAGGGAGGCGAGGCUGGGCCCAGGAGCACUGCAGCUCCCUCCUCUGGGAGCCAACACUCUGGGACUUCCCAAGCUCCCUGGGCUGCCUGUGGAGGGGGCCCCUCGAGGUGCAAGCUGUCCUGUUCUAGUUGGUGGUGUGUAUUCUUGUGUGUUGGUUACACGUGUCUUGAAAUUUAGAAUCAUUUCACACAGAAUUGUCUAUUUGUCGGGAAGAGAAAAGGGGCUAGCGGCCCAGUCUUAGGUUCUUGCCCUGUUAUACAAUUUAAAAUUGACAUUUAAUUUUUCAAAUCACUGUUGGUGCCUAAUCACUUAAGUUAUUAAUUUAUUCUGUUUUCUUUUAAAAAAAAAUGUGUAACAUGUAUUUAUCCUGGGAGUAGGUCUGGGGUGGGGUGGGAACGUGUUCUGGUGGGUCCUGUCUUUGCUGUGGUGACACAGCGCAGGCCUGGAGCUUGCAGGGGCCUUUUUACUGUGCUGUUUGUUGGAGCAGGACAACAAUAAAGUCCAUUAGAAGCAACCA